AUGAGUUAGAAUUUUAAAUUCGUAGAGCAAUCUCAAACCUUACCAAUGAUAGUUAGAAAGCCUAUGACUGUUAUGAAUUUCAACUUAUAUAAGAAAUAUUAGCAUUCUUAAAAUUAUUAUUACAUUAGAGAAAUAAAUGAAAUAUUAAGUGAUGCAUCUACAAAACAUGUUAUACAUUUUAAAGAUUGGCUGACUAUAGAUGAAGAAGUACCUUAAUUAAUACAUAAUGAUAGGAUGAAUAUCUUAAACGAUUUUAUAAAUUAGAGGAAUAUCCAUAAAAAAUUGUAUUACUUACAGAAUAUUAUAAAGUAUCAUAUUUAAUUGAAUUAGUUCCAUGCAGAUAUUGCUAGAAUAUUUUAAGAGCCUGUGUGUACAGUUUUAAAUAAAUAUUAUGAUAAGAAACGAAAGUAUGAUUAUUUUCGAAUAGCUAAAAUCAUUGAAGAAGAAAAUAAAUAAAAUCCUUAAAAACCACCUAAAGGUAUAGUAGGUGAUAGACCAUCUCCUGCUAAUUCAUAAGAAUCUCUACCUCAAGAAUAAGAAGAGCCUGAAAAUGAAGUUGUGCAAUAGACUUAGAUUCUGAAAGAAAUAAGUUGGUUAAAAGUAAAAAAUUGUUAACUAUAAAACUGCUUAGAAUGAAAAACCUUUUCGCAAAGAUACAUCAUAAACUAUUAAUGAGUUAUUUAAGCAUCUAGAACACUUUGAUGACAUGUCUUCAUUUUCUAUUGCUCCAAUACCUAAAAAAGAAAAGAUUACUUUAGAUAAUUUCUUAUUAUAUAUUGGAACCAAAUUUAAUAAAAAAUAAACAACAUCUCCAAAUCCCAAAUAAUCUCAAGAACAUAGAAUUUUAGAAUUAAUCUAAAAAUAAAAGGCUAAAAUACAUCAAAAAGGAUAACCUAGUUAAAGUCUACAUAAAAAGAAUGAUAUAAAAUACAGUAUUGGUUCUAAUGAGAAGGAGAUCACUUUUGCUAAAGAUUAAUUAAAUAAUUUAUCAAAGAAAUCUAACAGACAAGCAUCUACAGAUAUAAUUGAAAGUUUAACUAAAUUAGAUACUAAACCUUAAGAAUUAAUUAAAUAAAAAUCUAAAACAAUUGUGCCUAAGAAUCAAAUCAAAAUCAAUAAAAUUAUACGUGAUGUAAAUCAAAAUAAUACACCUACUCCUUCCUUACAUAAAGUAUCUAUUAGUUCUACACAUCUGAAAACUUAAUAACCAUAAGUUAAUAAUAAUAAUGUUAAAUUGAAUUCUCUGGCUAAAUUACUUAUUGAAGAUACUUAUAAUGAUCCUUAAUAUAAUAAAUUUAUACAUGGUGCCAUUACUCAUCGACCUUUAUCUAGUACUAAUACAUUAUUUACUUCUUAUUCUAAUAGAAAUAGUCCAUCCAUUAAUUAUAAAAAAUAAAAUCUUCAAAAUUUUAAACCAGAUAUCAAUCAAAUUAAAAAAGGAAAAUAAAAUAAUUCUACUUAAUAACCUUAAUAAUUUGGUUUAUUGGCUAAAAAUUUAUUUAAAAAAGUCUUAAAUUCAAAAAAACAAAAACCUAUUAAUCAUAUAAAAUAAAGUUCUCAUCAAGAUAAAGUAUUAAAUUAAUUUGAUAAAUUAAAAAUUAAUUGUAAUUCUCAAUAAUAAUUCAAUGAUAUUAAUGAAAAAAAAUAACAUAAAAAAAACAAAUCAGAUGGAAGAGCACUUUAUAAUAAAUUAUCUAUACCAGAAUUAGGAUGUUUGACUGAAAGACACGAAAAAGAAUCUCCUUUGCUAAACUUUCAUAGCAAUAAAAAUCAUAGUUCACCUCAAACACAACAUUUUAGAAGACUUCAUAGUGAUAAAUAGGAAUCAAUAUCAAAAAAUAUGAAAGGUUUAAUGAUACAAUAAAUGUUGAAGUAGCUAGCCAAAUAAAAUUAAUAGAAUUAAUAAAAAUAAGAAUUAUGUUCUAUUAUUAAAAAUUCUUAGAAAAAAUUUUGAUCAUUUUAUUCUAAUACCUUAUUCAAUAAUUCUAUUUAUAAAUGUANAAAAAGAAAAGAUUACUUUAGAUAAUUUCUUAUUAUAUAUUGGAACCAAAUUUAAUAAAAAAUAAACAACAUCUCCAAAUCCCAAAUAAUCUCAAGAACAUAGAAUUUUAGAAUUAAUCUAAAAAUAAAAGGCUAAAAUACAUCAAAAAGGAUAACCUAGUUAAAGUCUACAUAAAAAGAAUGAUAUAAAAUACAGUAUUGGUUCUAAUGAGAAGGAGAUCACUUUUGCUAAAGAUUAAUUAAAUAAUUUAUCAAAGAAAUCUAACAGACAAGCAUCUACAGAUAUAAUUGAAAGUUUAACUAAAUUAGAUACUAAACCUUAAGAAUUAAUUAAAUAAAAAUCUAAAACAAUUGUGCCUAAGAAUCAAAUCAAAAUCAAUAAAAUUAUACGUGAUGUAAAUCAAAAUAAUACACCUACUCCUUCCUUACAUAAAGUAUCUAUUAGUUCUACACAUCUGAAAACUUAAUAACCAUAAGUUAAUAAUAAUAAUGUUAAAUUGAAUUCUCUGGCUAAAUUACUUAUUGAAGAUACUUAUAAUGAUCCUUAAUAUAAUAAAUUUAUACAUGGUGCCAUUACUCAUCGACCUUUAUCUAGUACUAAUACAUUAUUUACUUCUUAUUCUAAUAGAAAUAGUCCAUCCAUUAAUUAUAAAAAAUAAAAUCUUCAAAAUUUUAAACCAGAUAUCAAUCAAAUUAAAAAAGGAAAAUAAAAUAAUUCUACUUAAUAACCUUAAUAAUUUGGUUUAUUGGCUAAAAAUUUAUUUAAAAAAGUCUUAAAUUCAAAAAAACAAAAACCUAUUAAUCAUAUAAAAUAAAGUUCUCAUCAAGAUAAAGUAUUAAAUUAAUUUGAUAAAUUAAAAAUUAAUUGUAAUUCUCAAUAAUAAUUCAAUGAUAUUAAUGAAAAAAAAUAACAUAAAAAAAACAAAUCAGAUGGAAGAGCACUUUAUAAUAAAUUAUCUAUACCAGAAUUAGGAUGUUUGACUGAAAGACACGAAAAAGAAUCUCCUUUGCUAAACUUUCAUAGCAAUAAAAAUCAUAGUUCACCUCAAACACAACAUUUUAGAAGACUUCAUAGUGAUAAAUAGGAAUCAAUAUCAAAAAAUAUGAAAGGUUUAAUGAUACAAUAAAUGUUGAAGUAGCUAGCCAAAUAAAAUUAAUAGAAUUAAUAAAAAUAAGAAUUAUGUUCUAUUAUUAAAAAUUCUUAGAAAAAAUUUUGA